AUCUGCCGCUCCCGCCAUUUCGUGGAAGUUUCGCUCGCCGGUCGCACGCGCUGUUUGGAGCAGGAGGGACGCUUCGUUCGUGGAAGUAUUCGUGGAGUGGCGUCAGUUGCAGGUUAUUGGCGGUGCGAGUGUCUCGGUGUCGCGGAAAACAUGGAGAUGAAGACGCUGAGGGAACUGGCCGACGACAAGUUCAACGGCAGGAAACAACCGAAGGUUAAGAAGUCGUGCGUGAUGAAGCGGGACGAAGUGGCCCUGAUCCGCGCCAAGUUCCCCAACAAAGUCCCGGUGGUGGUGGAGCGCUUCCAGAAGGAGAUGUACCUGCCCGACCUGGACAAGACCAAGUUCCUGGUGCCGCAGGAGAUCACCAUGUCGCAGUUCCUCACCAUCAUCAGGAACCGCAUGCACAUAGACUCGACGCAGGCCGUCUACAUGAUGGUGAACAACCGCUCAAUCAUCAGCCUGUCGCGCACCUUGUCCGAGGUGUACGCCGAGCACCGCGCCGAGGACGGCUUCCUGCACGUCACCUACGCCUCGCAGGAGGUGUUCGGCUGCGGCGCCGGGUCGUAGGUGAGCCUCAGCCUCAACCUCAACCUCAGUUCCUCUUCUGCUACAUCACAAGAAUACCAGACUAUAUAAGGUGUCCGUGAAAGACAGCAAAUUUUUUUUUGGAUCAGGUAGAGAAUAAAUUUGUGAGACAGGAAGUAUUUGCCGAUUUUUGAACUGACCCAUAGGUAAUUAGUAAUUAAAAAAUAGUUAACCAAUGAUGAGCGCGCUCUAAGAGGAAGAAGACGAGUUGGGGGGGGGGGGGGGGGAACUGUGCUUACCGGGAGAGAGAUAGAUAGAGAGAUAGAUAGACAGAUAGAUACAGAGAGAGAUAGAUAGAUACAGAGAGAGAGAUAGAGAGAGAGGGGGAGAGAGAGAGAAAAGCGUGAGGUACUACUGCCCCCUUAUACUCUUGGCGUGCCGUGAAACAGUAUGCAUGGUAGUGGAGACAGCCGGAUGGUAAUGGGGUGGGAAGCCGGAUAGUAGUGAGAUUUGAAGUUGUUCACUUACAUGUUCACGAUAUGUCGAGAACAUGAAUCUGAUUUAAAACAGCAUAGCUUCACUGCAAUGGCCAAGCAAGUGUAGGACUUCCAUUCAAAAGGAGCUGGGUUUGAACCCUGCUCCAUCCUUUCUGAUUUUGGUUCCUUUUAAGUAGGUGAUGGGACAGUUUCUUCCCUUACUUGCAUGUAUCCACACCUCUAAUGAUGUUAGAUCAGACAUCUUUUUAAGUUUUCCCUCGUCUGCGUGUUUCAGAUGCUGAGGCUGUGCCAGCAUGAGAAGUCUGCGGAUAUUGGACCAGCACGUCAUCGGGAAAGUGUGAUAAUGUGUUGUGUGUGAGUGGCACAGCAGGGACGUCCCUUUGCUUCAGCCCCUCUCACCACCAGGCGUCUCCAGGCGUCUCCAGGCGUGGCUCGGAGCGUGCUACAACCGUCUCCUCGGCGGACGACACAUCCUUGCAAUGCCCGGCGUGCAUUGAUGUGUGCACUGUUAAAUAUUCCUUUUUUCAAAUUGCUACCGAUAGUCAUUACUGUUCCAUUGAUAGAUUUUAUUUAUUAAAAAGACUUAUUGAUAGCCAAUGCUGCAACAACGAAAUUCCCAUGUGGAAAUAAUAUUGAAAAAUUUUUCGCUUGUAUUGGAAGUUAACAAAAAUAUUGUUUUGACUGUGUUAACGUUUUUUUUAGCAUUAUCAACAUUUAAUGUGGAACAGAUAGUGUCUUUCACGGACAUUCUAAAAUUCAUUUAUUGCCCGGACCUUUGCUGUGCUGCCGAUCGAAAGGUGAUCCCAAGAUGACGUUGGUGGCUCCCUCGCUGAGCCGGGGAGGAGAAUCAAAACUGGAUUGGUGCUUGGCAGUGUCAUGUUCUUCCUGUGCGUUCCUCAACUGGACUUGUGAUUGGUCGGUGCCCAGAGUGCCAUCGGUGUGCCGAGGGUAGACGUUAAUGUAUGGAAUUGUGUGCGUGUGUGUGCGUGUGUUGGUUGCUUCAGUGUGCGUGGAAAGCUGAGAGUAUGGUUUUUUGGCUUCCAGGAGGUAAAGUUAUGGCUUGAGAAAUAAAUGUUCACGCAAGUUUGGAGCGAGUGUAUUGAGUAAUUUAAAUAUUUUAUUCUUCAUUGAGUGUAUAGCACCUAUUGUGUUGUCAGCACUUUGUUAAAAAACAUGUUCUCUAGUUGCUAUGAUUAUGGUUAAAACAGGCUCAUCAAUAGAGAGUAUUUGUCAGUAGCUUUUUUAAGCCUCUUUUUAUGCUAUGGAAGUGUUCCAGAGUUACAUUUGUGAAGGCAUGAGUCCCUUGCACAUAUCUGCGAAUUCCUAAAAAACACAGUACAAUAAAGUUCACAUGUUUGGGCGUGUCGGUGGUUGCAAGCAGCGUGGAAGUGCUUGGGUGAAUGUUCGGUGCAGGCAAGUAUGGGUGAGUUGUGUACAAGCUGAGGUUUCGGAAGACACACUUUAAAAUAUGUUUACUUUGGGAUGAGAUAGAACAGAAUUAAAUGAUGGUUGUAAUUUUUUUUAAUAUAAUGGCUUAAAAUUGUGACAUGUUGAUGUGGCCGAUUUCUGACAAGUUCCGAGUUGUAGUCUUUGAGUUCUGUAUCGAGAACACAAGGCAAUGUUUCAGCUACCAUUGGUGUUUCUGUACCACAUUUUGUGUUAGGCAUGUUAAGUUUGUACACGAAGGUGAUUUGUGGCACAGUUACAUUUGUUAUGGGAAGUGAUAAGUGUAGGAGGCAAGUUAUGGCACUAGGAAUGUUGAUUUGAAAAUGCAUUCAUUCAAAUUGCCUGACAUAGUUCACCAAUAUAGCUAAUCUCAGGUUUUUAUUUAAUGGAAAUAAAAUAACUUAAACACAUGAAAUUAAAUUUUACCUUUAUUUAAAAACAUUGUCUUCAUCAUGCAAAAUAUCUUGAAUUUUAUUUUGUUUUCUGAUAACUCAUUUUUCAUGUUUAUGCCAUUUACAGGAAUACAUAAAAGUCAAAAACCAAACCAUCUUACAUGAAUAUUGCUCCAAUGUGUUGAAAUGGCAGUUCAUACAUGGCUAUAUUUACAGUAUAAUUAAAAACUUGUAGUUUAGUGUAAUGUAGCUUUGUUAUGUCCCCAACUACUGCAGAAUAUGCAAUAUACUGGUACCCCCUUAACUGGCAUAAACAUUUAUCAACAUUCUCGUCAAAAAAUGAAGUUGCAACCACUUAGAAUCAUUGUCUAUUGUUUUACUCAUGUCAUGCAUGGUUUUCAUUCAUCACAGAAGAGAAGUGCAUUAUGUUAGUAUGUAAUAAAAUGUUGAGGUCCCAGUAAAUAUAAUUCUAUCAUAGAUGCUGCAUCUUCAAAAAAAAUUUUUUUUUUAAUUUUUCUAAAAAAACAGGCUAAAUGAUUUACAGUAGUAAUCUAACAAAUCCAAGCUCAUUUAACAAAUAAGUAAAAUUUGGCUGUGCCUCUUUUAAUAAAUAAAGCUAAUAUGAGCUCUAUGUUAUAAAAAAAAUUCAUAAUUUAGUAUUUUAACAAUUAAAUAUUCCAUUGUUAUGUGUAAAAUGUUUAUUAUUCUUCAGGUAAAAAAAAAAAAAAAAUAUAUUAACAAUUUCUGUGACUAAUGUAGGCUGACUAUCUCUCAGCCUCUUUCCCCCCAAAAACUUAUAGUACAGAUGUAAUCUCAUUGGGUAAUGAAACAGGGCAAAUGCCAAGUGAAAGUGUUCACAAUUUUGGUCCCUGGUAUGUCAAACUAUGUAUAACUUUUUUGUGAUAGAAAACCAGAAAGUAACAACUUCAGAAAGCUUGUAAAGAUAUUAUUGAAGCUUUGUGCUAAAAUUUGGACAAAUGAAGUAAAAAUUAUAGCAAACAGUUGGGUACCUCCAAAAGAAAAGGUUCAAUCUCCCAUAGGUUUUGAUUUCUAGUAGAAGGUGAAUGAUGUAGAGAUAUUUGAUAGCACUAUUAGUACCGUUUUAAUUUAAUUUGUCAGUGGUAAAACACAAAUGUUACAUUUUCAAAAUUUAAACUACUCUUUGACACACAAUCAGUGUUAAUCUUGAGUACACUUUAUACUUUUUAAAUUUGUGAUAAAAAAAAUUCAUGACAGUAGGCUAAAUAUUUAUUAUAUUAAAGAUAUUAGUACUGGCAAACUGAACUCAUUUUGGUUUGAUCAUAUCUGUUUUGAGACUACAAAUGUGUUGAUAAUGGUACAGUAGUUUCUUCAUUCUCAAAAUAUACAAAAUUGUCUAUGGAAGAGUGUGGAUUGUUUUAGGUAAUGAAUAAUAUAUUAUGUUGAAUGUGGUACAUUUUAACACACAGCAACUGUCUUUAUCAUAUUCAUACAGAAGUUGUCAUGCCACAUCCAAAGGAAGAGCAGUAAAUAUUCUUCAGUUAAUCACAAAAUAAAAUUGCAAGGAAAUUUUGUUUAGUGGCGAUGGUUUUAUCAUUUUCUGCUAUAUGAGGUACCAGAGAUCAGGGGACUGAAAUGUACAUCGGUGCUUGUUUGAUUGAAAGGACAUUUAAAUUAUCCAUCAUUACUUCUGUGGUGAAUUGAAACCCUGUAUUAAUUUAAAAGUUAAUAUUUAGUGAAUGACAAAUACACAGUGUCUACUUUGUUGGGAUUUUUGGUUUGGGACAAGUACUAGAAGUUAUGUAUUUUGGAAAGUUAUAAAAAAAGCCCCAGUAAAUUAACUUAUUUAUAUUGAACUUUUUUUUUUUACAAAAAAUAUUUGGACUAUACAAAUGCCUGUACAUCACACAUGGUUUGUGCAUUGUAGUGUGGCAACAUUCUGGUGUGGAGGGAUUUAUUUUUAUUUGCAUUGAAACAUUUGGUAAUUUUAUGUAUCACCUAAAGAAUUUAUUUUGAAUAUGAAUGUAUUGGCAAGUUUUUCAAGACUGAUUUUUAUAAUAAAAUGCUUAUGGAUAAAAAA